UAUUGCCUUCGCCGAAACGCGCUGGCUGGAUCGACUCGUACCCUCAACUGAAAAUUGUUGCAGUGAUGACUCAGACAGUUCAGACCAACGGGGUUCAGCCCCUCAGUAAGACCUGGGAGCUGAGUUUGUAUGAGCUCCAGAGAACCCCACAGGCACAGGAGGCUAUAACAGAUGGACUGGAAAUUGCAGUGUCGCCAAGGUCCUUGCACAGCGAACUGAUGUGUCCUAUCUGUCUGGACAUGUUGAAGAACACGAUGACAACCAAAGAGUGUCUGCACCGCUUCUGUGCUGAUUGUAUCAUCACAGCUCUAAGAUCUGGUAAUAAAGAGUGUCCUACCUGUCGUAAGAAGCUGGUCUCCAAGAGGUCGUUGCGUCCGGACCCUAACUUUGAUGCCCUGAUUAGCAAGAUUUAUCCGAGCCGUGACGAGUACGAAGCCCACCAAGAGAGAGUCUUAGCUCGCAUCAGCAAACACAACAACCAGCAAGCCCUGUCCCACAGCAUAGAGGAGGGGCUGAAGAUACAGGCUAUGACACGACUGCAGCGUGGUAAGAGACACACAGUGGAGAACGGGAGCGGAGCGGAGGACAACGGAGACUCCUCCCACUGUAGCAACGCUUCUGUCCACAGCAACCAGGAGGCAGGACCGAGCAUUAAGCGCACCAAGACCAGUGAUGACAGCGGUUUGGACAUGGACAACGCUGCGGAGAACGGGGGCGGAGACUCUGUGAUUGAAGGUGGUGCCAGCGAAAUAGAACUGGUGUUCAGGCCACACCCUACCCUGAUGGACAAGGAUGACGGUCACAACAGUGUGGAGUUUGUCCCUCGCUACAUCAAGACAUCCGGUAACGCCACAGUGGACCACCUGUCUAAAUACCUGGCUGUGCGACUGGCUCUGGAGGAGCUGAGAAGAAACGCAGAGGCCAGUCCUGUAAAUGUGGAGGCAGCUUCAGAGAAGCAGUACACCAUCUACAUACCUACUGCUGGGAACCAGUUCACUGUUCUGAACGGUUCCUUCUCUCUGGAGCUGGUCAGCGAGAAGUACUGGAAGGUGAACAAACCCAUGGAGCUCUACUUUGCUCCUACUAAAGAACACAAGUAGACACACACACACACACACACACACACACACACACACACACACACACACACACACACACACACACCAGUAGGAAGUUAACAUAUGGACUUGACUACACCUGCACACACACAAACGAGAAGAGAGGAGUGUGUGUCAGAAGGAGAUGAGAGGGUUGGUUAAACCCUCAAAAGGACUCUUGUAAAAAGAAAACCCCGUUGUUUUAUAUUCUCUGUAUCUUUCUUCGUGUCUCUUUCUAUUGUUCUCUCAGUAGAAGGUAGCAGAUCAGUACAGCAGGUAAACUGGAGCCAUAAUGGGCUGGUAAUGGUCUCUCCAACACCAGGGUCUGUUCAGUCUCAUUCUUACAGCAUCAGACAUUGGAACUGCAUAAUAGAAUGUAGAAUCCAGCAGCCAGCAGCAGCUGCCCAUACACAUGUACCACAUGGACGUGUGUCCACUCUACACGGUCAUUUCAAAUGUAAGGAAGCAAAGAAUGAUGGCCAUAAUAAUUGAAUUUCUCACUGGAAACCAAACCAUGAGACGUAACCACCACUCAAUACUUCGUGGUUUCACUUCAUUUGUAACACUGAGAGGGUUAGAUUCCCCUCUUCAAGUCAAGUCAGGUUUUGCUAUUUUAAAAACAGUAAUUGUUUUUAGAGUCUCGUGGGAUCACAUGACUGACAGAAUGAAGUCCGUCACACAGAUCCAGGCUCUGCUGAUUAUUCCUGCUAGUGUGAAGGUUUCACUUAAUAUUUCACAAAUCCAAUCCAAGCAAAUAGAUGUAGAUGAUUGACUGGAACUCUUGGAUCUCAAUCUUUAUUAGCUUUGAAUCUUCUGUCUGAAUUUGUGAAUUCUAAAAUGUUUUUGAAAUUGGCUCAGAGCAUACAAAUUCAUAUAUAUUUUAUGUUCUAAAUUCAAUAAUAAUUUGUGAUUCAUUUUCUUUAACGUAGGUUUUAUUUGCUUGUGAAAUUGAAAUGAUUAGUGGAUUGUCUUUACUUCCAUAGACGACCAUCUAAAGUGAUAUCAGCCCGUUUGAUUGGAGCCGUCUGGCACAGUGUGACAUGCUGUUAGUGUGGAGGGCCUUCUGAGAAAACACCUGUUGAACCAUAUGUUAAAAAACUGUUCUUUCAUACUGACCAACUUGACAAGUUAUGAGCAGCUGUGGGCAGUGCAAGCAUAUCCAAUUGCAUCUACAUAGUAAUUUUGAAGCUACAGAGAUUGCCUCUGGCACAUAGUCUUUAUCUUUUUGUUAGGUUUUUUGAUAAUAUUGUAAGUAAUUAUUUUUUGUUUGUUUAACACGUCUUUCAAAUUAAACUAGAGAAUGGAGAACAUUUGAAUGGCUGCAGUGUUUCUGUGAGGGAAGGCUUGUGUCUGUAACUGAAUCACUGUAACAUGGACGGAGCUCUGGUCGCUCCUUUGGCUCUGACUCUACCAGCAUGGACACAUGCUGACCAUCCAGCUGCUCUUUCCUUUGUUCCUGUGAAAUGUGUACAGCAGAAUAAGUCGACUCAUUGAGGAGACAGUGAAUUGUGCUGUAGAAGCUCGUUGCUGUUGUCUUGAUCUCUUGCCUGUAGAAACAAACUGUCCUCUAAUAUCUGUGGCUUGUUCUUUUAUAAAUGUCUUUUGUAACAUGGAGAGGAGUGUGUUGGGUUGGGAAGGUAUGUUUGCAGCACCACGGCCAGUUAGACCAUUAAAGUAUUCACCGUCACCCCAAACCUGCUCUCUGCUGCUGGCUGACCAGUGGGAGGGGACAGUCACAGGAUCCUUCUGUUGCCUGCACUCCUUGGAUGUAAAGAAUGACGUCUUCAUAUGCAGCUCAGACAUUCAUUCAUUCAUCGCAGAAUACAUGAUGCUACUUAGUUUUUGUUUCAGACACAUGGCGAGGGUUUGGUUAAGUGUGUUAAAGUGAGAUCAGCCCUGUACGGAGCUACAGAGGACUUCUAGCGCCACACACACACACACCUCCGUCACCUGUUAGAUCAGGAGAAGGUGGAAGGGAAACUUUGCAGAUUCAGUUCUUGAAAUGAAAACGUUUUUGCCCACUUACAUCCAAGCACACAUUUCUUCCUUUCUCCUUUGGCUACUACGAUCCACAAGUCUCCUGUGAUUGGAUUGAUUUUUGUAAACGCCCCUAUGUGCAGGAUGAGUCCUAAAACAUUUGAAACUGGCUCUGACUUCUGUUUCACUGUUAAAUACUCUGUUUUAGUCUCUGUGUAGCUAACGAGCAGUCAGAGAGCUUUACAAGGAUCCGGAUCCUGGAGAUAAAGUGACAAUUCAAGCGAGUGAGUGGGUGUAGAAACUCAACAUGUUUGUACUGUAAAUGUCCAGUUGGGUUGAUGUCUUUUUUCGCUCUGCAUCUCAUUUGGUACACAGGACGAACCACAACCAUUACACGAAAACAUGCAUGAUUCAAACGUGACUCUUUAACCGGCCUCACUGUGGACAAGAGGAUGCACCAAUUUGUGUUUGAGGAAAAACAUGGUGUUUUUGCCAUGUAGAGAAAAAUAAAGUUUGCAUGUAUGAAUCUCCUUACUGUUACGCAAAGAGUGCCAGUUGAUGUCAUUUGUGUGCACGACCAUGGCUGCUGCUAACGGCCUUCGGAGGCCACUAAUCAUGAGUCACUGGAUGAAUUGAUGAGUUUGUUGAAAUUUUGGCUUUGGCAGCCCAUACCAGGUGUAGAAGAACCCCUCAUCACAGCCCGUCUACACUUGUGGACACCAGGGGCUGAUUCUCACUGCUGGAACAAGAAAUGUGAUUUAUUGUUCCAUCAAAAGCUGGAAACAUUUUCCUUUUUGUCAUUGAUGUCACACGUUUGAUAGUUGGCAGGGUAGAUCCAAUGGAACUCAUAUACUUGAUCCUUGAGUCCACUGGGAGGGGGGUCAAGUGACCUCAUAAUCAGUGCACACUAUUGUCCCAUUCAUGGAUACAUCUUUCACUACAAUAAAGAAAGAAAUGGAGCCCAUUUAAGACUGUCACAGUAUUCUAUUACAUUCAGGACAGUGCAGUCGGUAUUUGUGAGAAUGUAUUUGACAUCUUAACGCUUGGUCCAUAUUAGCUUUUAACGGCAUCUCAUGGUCUUCAUUGGCAGAUGAAUUUUGCUCAGUUGUCUGUUAAAAAGACUGAGCAGUAAAAUAAACUAUUUUAUCAUCAUUACUCUCCCUGUGAAUGUGCUAAUCAAGCCUAUUGAUGUAAUGUGAGUGUAGCUGACUCACCACGACGGGUGCCACAAACUGAAGGACUGCAUCCGAGUUCUAGCUUUAGGAAAGAGUUCCACAAACUGGACUGCCCAGAUAGGCAUGUGUCAAAUGGUCAACAGCUGGAACCACAGCUUCCCUCUUCCCGUCUCACUUGGUACCUGACUGUCUGAUUAGCUGUCUGUGUGUGUGGGACCUGUAUACUGCAUCUUUCUGUUUGGACAGUGAACCUGAACCUGUGUUCAACAUGCAGCACAGAGUGCUUAUGUUCUCGCUGUCUGGUUAAUAAAUUGCAAAAAAAUGA